AUGACUACACCUGCACAAGGACAGACUGCUGUCAUUUGGGAAAACCGAGAUUGCCUUCCCCGCCGUUUCGGCUUUUCGGGCAGUCCUGGCAUCAAAGUUGCCAGUUUGGGCUACUUCAGCUCGCCGCUGGAUGUCUUCCUCCAAUUUUUCCCCGAGCACCUGUUUGACUACAUUGCCGACCAAACUAACAAGUAUGCUGAUGACCAUCAAAGUGUCAACUUGGACAGCCACAGGAAAGAUUGGUUCAGCACCACCUCGGACGAGAUCAAGGCACUGGUGUCACUGGUGAUCUUGAUGGGCAUUAUGCCUAAGCCUGACGUCCAAGCCUACUGGAGUAGAGAGCCCACAAUUGAGACUCCGUUCUUUGGCAACACCAUGUCCAGAGACAGGUUUCUCCAGUUACAGGCAAACAUGCGCUUCAACAAUAACAAUGAUGAUGAUGGUACUGAUCGGCUCUUCAAAUUGCGUCCUGUUAUUAAGACACUGACCAAGAACUUCAAGAGAGUGUACAUUCCAUCACAAGAUGUUACGACUUGCGAGUCACAUUUGAAAAUCCAUGAUCGUGAGAAACGGAAGCAGCACAGCCCUGACAAGCGGGCACAUUUCAGCAUUAGAAUCUUCAAGACGUGUCAGAGCACUGGGGAUGCAGUUGGCUACACAUGGAAUAUGAAGAUCAGCACUGGCAAGGACCACGGUGCUGUAAUGCCCAGAAGUGCCCGUGCCGUUCUUGACCUCAACAAGGAUCUCCUGGACCGUGGAUACAACAUCUUCCUGGACAGUAAGUCCAGCAGCCCCGCACUCUUUCUCCGGCUUCGGGACAGGCAGACGAAUGCCUGUGGAACUGUCCGGCUACACCAGAGACAGAUGCCAUCAGACUUGAAAAAGGUCAAACUCAAACGGGGCGAAUGUGCCUUUCGCUCCAGUGACUGCGGACUCCUUGCUCUCAUCUGGAAGGAUAAGAAAGAAGUAAAAAUGCUGUCGACAAUACACUCAGCGGCCAUGCAGGAGACCGGCAAAAGUGACAGGCAUGGCAAGCAGAUCCUGAAGCCCUCCUGCAUCCUGGAUCACAGCCGCUGCCGGGGUGCCGUCGAGCUCUCUGACCAGCUGGCGUCGAGCCACCACAGCAUGUGGAGAUCGGUCAAGUGGUACAGGAAGCUAUUCUUCUACAUGGUUGACCUGUGCCUGGUCAACUCCUUCUUGGUGUCCCGACUUCUUGGACGCGAAACCACCUACCUGGAUUUCCGCAUGGCUUUGGUCAAGGAGAUACUGCACACGGUGACGUUGCCGGUGUACAACAAGCGCGGCCGCCCGCAUGCCCUGCCAGCUCCCAACAGACUGACUGGCUGGCAUUUCCCCAUCACCCUUCCACCGACAGAGAAGACACCGAAUCCCUGCAGGAGAUGUGUGGUGUGCAAGUCUGAGGGGCGAAGGCGGGAGACACGGUACGCAUGCGACACAUGCAACGUUCCCCUGUGUGUACACCCUUGCUUUAAGACGUACCACACUGAACGUGAUUAUUGA